CCUAACUUCAUCAAAUUGAAAAGCUAUAACUUGGCAGCAAAGCAAUUAAGAGCAUUUCAAUAUGAAGAUGAACACCCAAGUACUCCUCAGCCUCACCUUGGUCAUAUUCUUCGCAGGUGCACAUGCGGCUACGAUCACCUUCACCAACAACUGCCCCUACACCGUAUGGCCAGGAACCCUCACCUCCAACCAACAACCCCAACUAUCCACCACCGGCUUCGAGCUAGCACAGGGAGCCAAAAAAGACGUCACCACUCCAGUUCCAUGGAAUGGCCGCUUCUGGGCCCGAACCAGAUGCUCCACCGCUGCCGACGGAAAGUUCUCCUGCGCCACAGCUGACUGCGGCUCCGGCCAGGUCACAUGCAACGGCAACGGCGCAGUCCCACCUGCAACUCUAGUCGAAAUCAACAUCGCAGCUGACGGCGGUCAGGACUUCUACGACGUCAGCCUGGUCGACGGCUUCAACUUGCCCAUGUCCGUGGCCCCGCAGGGUGGAACCGGCGACUGCAAGCCCUCUUCAUGCCCGGCCGACGUGAAUGCCGUCUGUCCUGCGGAGCUGCAAGUGAAGGCCGACGACGGGACCGUGAUUGCCUGCAAGAGCGCGUGUUUGGCGUUCAACGAGCCAAAGUACUGUUGCACACCUCCCAAUAACACUCCCGAAACAUGUCCUCCCACAAACUACUCUCAGAUCUUUAAGGAACAGUGCCCUCUGGCUUAUAGCUACGCUUACGAUGACAAGAGCAGCACGUUUACAUGCUUCGGUGGACCUAACUACGCCAUUACAUUCUGUCCGGCAUGAGCAAUAUAGAGAUGAAGUCAUAGACGAAGGAAGCUAAUAAUGAAAUCCCUUUUCAUUACAAUAGUGGGGAUAAGAAUAAGUUUUAUGAAUCUUGACACCUUGAUAUUGUCAAGAAAUUUGUACUCAUAAUUUCGAUGGAAUAAAGGAUAUCCUUCAUGAA